AUGACGGCCGAUAUAAAUAACCCAGCUCCGAAACCGGUUGUUCUCCAUAUCGGCGAUCCCAUCUUAUAUAAUGAGGCCAUUUAUGCUCGCUUCUGCGAGCUUUAUACUGUGAUCCGGCCCUCCACCGAGGAGAGGCAAAGACCAGAGUUCAUCAAGGCACUCAAGGAGAAACGAUGGGGGGACUUUAAUGCCAUAUUCAGGCCCUACUGGUCGACCGGCGGGGAGAUGGGGAAGUGGGAUGCUGAGUUAAUCAGCUGCUUGCCACAGGGUGUGAGAGUCUUUGCGAGCGCGGGCGCCGGAUACGACUGGGCAGAUGUUGAUGAGCUUGCAAAUCACGGCAUCAUCUACUGCAACUCGGCUGCCGCCUGCACCGAGUCGGUUGCAGACUUCGCUCUGUUCGGCAUCCUCUCCACCUUCCGCCAGCUCACGUGGUGCACCACCGCAGCCAGCGACCCAACCAGCUUUACGCGCUGCCAUCUCGAUGCCACUGCCUUGAGCCGUAACCCCCGCGGUCAUGUUCUUGGCGUCAUUGGUCUCGGCAACAUCGGGCAAGCUAUCGCUGCAAAGGCCUUUGCGGCGUUUAAAAUGCGGAUUCUCUACUAUGAUGUCAAGAGAAAAAGCAGCGAAGUUGAGGCAGAGGUCCACGCCGCAUUCGUGCCGACUUUGCAGGACUUGGUCCGCCAGUCGGACUGUGUCAUUGUCGCUACUCCGGCAAGCCCGGAUGGCAAGGUGCUGGUCAAUGCGGAGCUCCUCGCACACUUCAAGAAGGGUGCUCGGCUUAUCAAUGUCGCCCGCGGCAACCUGGUUGAUGAGGAGAGCCUCGCAGAUGCCAUCGAUAGUGGACAUAUCAAGUCUGCGAUGCUGGAUGUGCAUACCUUUGAGCCUAAGGUGAAUGAGAGGCUAAAGAAUAGGAGAGAAGUCAUGCUCACAUGCCACAAUGCGGGUGGGACGGUCGAUACACAUAUCGGUUUUGAGAGAUUGAGCAUGGAGAAUAUUGAGGCGGUGCUAUCGAGAGCAGAGAUGCCUAAUAGUGCGGUGAAUGCGCAUUUGUUCAGCUUGGACAUAUGA